AUGACCCAGAACAAAGCCGUCGUCAUCGACUACCAGGACCUGGUCACCAACAAGGAUGUCUCGGCCCAAAUCGAAGAAGCCUUUGGAUCCCACGACCACUGUCUUGGCCUCUUGCUCGUUAAGAACCUCCCCCCUACUUACCUUGCCCUCCGAGAGCGUCUUUUGAGAUUGGCUUCUGUCUUUGCUGCGCUUCCCGAGGAUGCAAAGGACAAGACUGUUCAUGCCGCGAGUCGGUAUUCUUUUGGGUGGAGCUGUGGCAAGGAAAUCAUGAACGGCAAGCCUGAUGUAUCCAAGGGAAGUUACUACGCCAACCCGAUGAUGGACGAGCCCGAGGCCUCUAAGGCCCUCCAGGAGCAGUUCCCCGAAUACUGCCACCCUAACGUCUGGCCCAAGGACUCCCUCCCGGAACUCGAGCAGGCCUUCAAGGAAUUAGGCCAGUUCAUCGUCGGCGUCGGAGCGCAGGUCGCCAAAACCUGUGAUGCCUUUGUCCACGCCCAACUCCCUACCACCUUCUCCCCCACCCACCUCCAAGAUGUCAUCCAGAAAUCCAAGACGACCAAGGCGAGACUGUUGCAUUACUUCCCACAGACCGGCGUCACCGAGGGCGAGAAGCGGGAUGAUAUGGAUUCGUGGUGUGGGUGGCAUUUGGAUCAUGGGUCCUUGACUGGUCUCACGAGCGCCAUGUUUGUUGAUGAGUCCAAGGAUGGACUCCAGGAAGUCGCGUGUCCGGAUAAGGAGGCUGGGUUGUAUAUCCGCAACCGUGGCCAGCAGGUCAUUCAGGUCUCGAUUCCUCGGGACCAUUUGGCAUUCCAGACUGGUGAGGCUUUGCAGUUGGCAACCCGGGGUUUGUUGGCUGCCACGCCACAUUGUGUGAGGGGUGCGACUGCCCCUGAGGGGGAUCCUGCUAGGUAUGCGACCUUGGCCAGGAACACGUUUGCCGUUUUCAUGCAGCCUUCGCUUGAGACUGUUGUUACUGAGGAUGGACGCAGCUUUGGAGAGUGGACCAAGGAGGUUCUUGAUCGUUACUAUGAUAAGGAAACCAAGGAGGUGUAA